AUGUUCGAGGCUCUGCAACCGCACCCAGAGGAUCACCUCCAGCUACGUCUUCACCGCGCCCGGUCUGUUAUUCUGACUUCUGAUGAGCUUGUUGAGAUUCGUGCUGCUCAGCGUACCUUUGAAGGCGCGUACAUGCGCACGGCGCUGUCGCAGUUUUCAUUUGCCUUGGUCGUGCUCAAGAUUUUCACGUCCGAGUUUUAUGCAAUUGGCGCGCUCUUUGCCGUUUACGGCGCAGCCGUGAUGCUUGUAGCUAUCUACCGGCGAUAUGAGGGCAACCGCCAAUUCUUCAACACGGAAGAAGAACUAAAGGACGUCAUCCGGGAAUCGGGCUCCAAUGCCGGCGUUGAGGCUCCGAAUCCAGGCCGCCGACCCAGCAUAUACAGCAGAGUAGUGACUAAGAAGAAGUUCCGCACGAGUGGUAAUAGCGUGGCUUUACUAACCGUGCUGAGUCUCUUUGCACACAUUGUGUUGCUUGUUCUGCUGCACCGGUUACAGGACUAA